UGUUACUGCUUCUUGCAGGACUUCUUUGGCUUCAUGCAAGGUACAGGGCGCGAAAGGGCGACUCUUGCUUCGCAUCCGCUUCCAGCUCACCGAGCAAGCGUCCUUUGGGCGCCGUGUCAAUUAUUUAAUGUAGCCGCACACUACUGAAAUCCUCUCAAUACCAGGAUCCUGCGAGGAAGCACGAGAAACGGAAAAUGAAUCCGACCGCUGAUGAGACAGCUGAGGAAACUUGCGAGCCCGUGCAGAGGCAUAGCUACUUAGGUUAAUGUGUUUCUAAAUUGCAAACAUCCGUAUAAUUUACUCGCGACCCUCACUGACGUUGCUGCCCCGAUGCUAGCGCUUGCGUUUCGCUAGACCUGCUCGUUGUGGAGACUGCAUUGCUGCCAUGGACAUAAGCGUCAGCAUUUCUGAGGCGCUUUCACCGCAGCAAGACGGUGGCAGCGCUCGGCUGGGCUCGGUCUGGGGACGCGGCGACAAUUCGAGGAAGUCAAGUGAUUUUCUCGACACAGCUGCGCUGCGGAAGUCGCUCAACAGCGGGGGCAUGACCCCGACCGGCUCGUUGACCAUGGCCAGACGCAAAGCAGCCGCAGAGUUCAUCAAGGACUGCACCUCCGAGGACAUUCCGUACAGCAAUGACUUGCACUUCCGCCAGUCACUUUGCGACGGUCGCCUGUUAUGCAAAGUUCUCAACACGGUCUAUGCAAAUGCCGUCCCCAAGGUUGAGGGUGGGGACGCGGCGGAGGACGCUAACGUAGGAGCCUUCCUCCACUUUAUGGAGAAGACCAACGUUCCUAGCGACGCCAGGUUCUCAGUGCAGGACCUGCGCAGCGACGGCUGGGACGACCGGCCCCGCGUGACCGAGUGCCUGCUCUGGCUGCAGAAGGUGCACAGGAGCAGCGACAUUUCUUCACCGGCGCCGUUCUCACUGUUCAAGCACGGGGGCGACGUCUCAGACGUGCGGGCGGUGCGGGACAGCCCCCGCAAGGGCUCGCCGCCGCCAUCGGACCUGAACAGCAUGCUGGCAGCGCAGCGGCAGAAGCACAUGACCGUGGUGCCCAGCAGCGCCCGCUCGAUGGCGUCGGUGCAACCCAACGCGUCAUUCGCCAACCUGUGCAGCGACAUCUCACGCACGCUCAUGUCGCGCCUCCAGCCCGGCCUGCAGCCGCCGGUGCCGUACGAUACGUCUGCCACGGGAGUGGACGUGCGUGCCGUCAUGGAGCAGUUCCUGAACGGCCUGAGUGUGGAGUACGAGCGCCGGCUGCUUGCAAAGGACCAAGAGCUGACGGCCAGCAAGGAGGCGCUGACUAAGCUGCGUAAGCAGAUGGAGUCUGUGCAGGCCCAGCUGGACACAAUUCGUAAGGAGCUGGAGGACCAGCAGCUCGAGCAGAUGCGCGCGCAGGCGGCGGCGUCGCAGUCGCAGCUGGCAGAGCUGCAGCAGCAGCUGGAGGCGACGCGGAUGGAGUUGGCGGAGCGGACAGCGGCGCUGGAGGCAGCCAGCGCGGAGCUCAACACGGCGGGCGACUCGAGCAGCGCGCGCGUGCAGCAGCUGGAGGCGCAGCUGGCGGCGGUGGGCGAGCAGCUGCAGGACUACGAGGCGCUGAAACAGGCGUUCACGGACGUGCGCGAGGAGAACAAGAAGCUGUACAACACCGUGCAGGACCUCAAGGGCAGCAUCCGCGUGUUCUGCCGCGUGCGGCCGCUGGGCACCACCGGCGACAGCGCCGACGGCUGCCUGGACGUCGGGCUGGAGGGGCAGCUGGCGGUGUACGAGCGCGAGAAGGACCGCCGGGCCGUGUACCGGUUUGACAAGGUGUUCGCCGGCAACAGCACGCAGGCGGCGGUGUACGAGGACGUGCAGACGCUCAUCCGCAGUGUCAUGGACGGCUAUAACGUGUGCAUCUUCGCGUACGGCCAGACCGGCAGCGGCAAGACGCACACGAUGACGGGCAGCAACACGGAGGACAGUUCGGGCCGCGGCAUCAACUACCGUGCCCUGGACGACCUGUUUGCGCUCAAGGCGCAGCGCGACCAGGAGAUGCACUACAGCAUCAGGGCCCAGAUGCUGGAGAUCUACAACGAGAGCAUCCGCGACCUGCUGGUGGACAACAACAGCUCCAGCGGCGGCGGGCCCAACGUGCUGCAGCUGCUGUCCACGCAGCCCUCGGGAGAGAACGUGCCGGGCGCCAACAAGGUGGAGGUGACGACGACGGAGGACGUGCUGCACAUGAUGCGCAUCGGCGCGCGCAACCGGCACAUGGCGGCCACCAACAUGAACGACCGCAGCAGCCGGUCGCACCAGGUGCUCACCAUCGUCGUGGACGGCGAGAACCGCCUCACCCGCGCCCGCACCCACGCCUGCCUGCACCUGGUUGACCUGGCGGGCAGCGAGCGCACGGACAAGUCCGGCGUGGAGGGCGACCGCCUGCGCGAGGCCAACAACAUAAACAGCAGCCUGUCGGCGCUGGGGAGCGUGAUGCACGCGCUGGCCAACAAGCAGAAGCACGUGCCCUUCCGCAACAGCAAGCUCACGGAGCUGCUGCAGGACAGCCUGGGCGGCAACGCCAAGGUGUGCAUGCUCAUGCACGUGGCGCCCGAGGCCACCAGCUACGGCGAGUCCGUGUCCACACUCAACUUCGGCAACCGCGUGGCGGCCGUCACGCUGGGCCAGGCCAAGGCCAACCAGGAGAGCGGCAAGGUGUUUGAGGCCAACGAGCUGCUGGCCAAGAAGGACCGCCAGAUCGACGACCUGAGGCGGCAGCUGUCGGAGCAGGCGUCCACCAUCCACAGCCUGCGGUCCUCUGUGGAUGCCGUGCCCGCGCUGAGCGCCCGCAGUGUUUCCUUCUGCACCGCGAACACGCACGCGGACGCGGCGUCCACGCCCGGCAGCGCCAUGCGCACCAGCAGGCCCGGCAACUCGGGCACCACGCCGCGCAACAACGGCGUGUACGGCUACGGCUACCAGGACGUGCAGACGCCCCGCUCGCAGUCGAUGCGCUCGCCGGCGCCAUCACUGCCGCUGCACGGCCUGUCGCGGCCACCCACGUCGGCCAUCACGCCGCGCACCAGCCUGCACGGCUCCGCCUCCGCCUCCGCCUCACAGGGCGGCGAGGCGGUGGUGCCCAACAUCCCCGCCGGUACCGUGUCCUCGCUGGUGGAGCAGCUGGACAAGGUGGCGCCGCUCAACUCGGCCCGCGGCAGCCGCGGCCAGCAGCAGGCUGGCGCAUCCAGCACCGGCAUGGGCAUUGGCUCUGGGCGGACGUCUUCAAUGGCGCUGGGCCGCUCCUCCUCCAUCCCCAAGCUGGACACCUCUUCCAUGACGCGGCCCAGCACCGCCACCCUGACCGCCUCGGGCAGCAUGUCGGCCCGCACCAGCACGCGCUAUGGCGGCUCGAACAGCAGCGCCGCCGCCGCAGCACAAGCGGCCGCGGCGGCGGCAGCUGCUGCCAAGACGCGGCCCGCCACCAGCCGGACAAGCAGCAUCUAUGGCAGCUCCAGCAGCAACGCGCUCCUGGGGCCCAUUUCCCGCUCGACGUCGGUGGUGCUGGCGGAGGGGGCGGUGCCCAGCGUGGUGUCCAGCAAGGUCGGCAAGCCACCGCUGUCCAGCAGGCCCUCCGGUGGUUGGAAGGCGUGAAGCCGCUACACGGCAUGAGCAGGUUGCGUUAGCUAGCGUGGUACAGAGUCUGGCUUCGUGGUUUGGAGGCAGGGGUUUGUGGGGGAUGGAGUUGUCGUUUCGGAGUCAGCAGGGAGCUUCACAGCGGCCAACAGCAGCUGAUGGCGUACUUUGGAGGACCGCUACCGCGGCCAGAAGCGUUUCACCGAUUGCAUGUGCAGGCACACGCAUGCUGUAUGGUAAACAAUCGGUGAGAGAGUACAGCGGGUGCGGGGAGUUAUCUUGAUACGUAUGACACACGUGUUGACUAGUAGUGGGUAUGAAAUGUGGAUUGGACUUGAGACUUACGCCGGAUACACUUGAACGGCAAGGUGACCGAAUAUGGUACGGUUUGACGUGCAAUGG